CAUGAUAUACCAUUUACAAAUUAGUAUAAAUAGGUAACAAGUCCUUCACAUUUUUUCAUUCCUCUAUAAAAACAUACCUUUAAUUCAUAUUUUAUUACUUAGUCAUUUCCAUAAUUCAAUCAUCAUGGCUGAGGAGAAGAAACUUGGUGAGCUUGUUGGUACUGCAGCUGCUGGUGCUAAUGCCUUGCAGGAGGCAAAGAAAGACCAUGAACAUACUCAGAAGGACAAGAUAGAAGAAGAAAUUGGGGCGGCGGAAGCUGCGGUGGGAUCUGGUGGUGUUACAUUCAAUGAACACCAUGAGAAAAAAGAGACGAUUGACAAAGACGAGGAAGCUCGUAGAAAGAUGCUCCGCAAUCCAUUUCGAUGAAUAUAGUCAAUUCCAGUUUGUUUUGGGAUAAUUCCCGAAUGUUUAAAUAAAAUUUGAGCUAUGACUUAGUGGUUAUGUAUUUGCAUCUAGAAAAUGUGUGUUGUGUUUGACAUUAUGAUUUAUGUUAUAAUGUAAAAUAAGUGAUUGUUUGAUGUUAA